AUGACAGAUAGUGACUAUCUAGCAAUCUUUCACACCCUAAUUAUGCCGGUCGCAUAUGAGUUUGAUCCGGAGAUUGUGCUCGUGUCGUCUGGUUUCGACGCAGCCAUCGGAGAUGCUGAGGCAGGAAACCACUUGUGUACCAACCAAGUGAAAGUAGACGCUUUCAUUUGCGGUUGUUCUUUUCAGGGCAAAAUGUGGCUCAGUCCUGCUUGCUACGGUCACAUGACGCAUCAGCUUCGCACCCUCGCCGGAGGAAAACUUGUAGUUGUUCUUGAAUUUGUGUUGAGUUUCAAAAGCACCAGCAAGUUCUACUAA